AUGGAAGAGGCGGCAGUGGCAGCGGCGGCAGCGGCGACGGCGGGGGGCCCCUGCCCGGCGGAUCGACCGGGGGCAACGGCGGCGUUGAGCGGGGAGAACGAGGCCGAGAGCCGGCAGGGCCCGGCGGAGCGCGGCGGGGACGCGGCCCCGCUCAACCUGUUGGAUACUUGCGGCGUGUGCGGGCAGCCCAUCCAGAGCCGGCGGCCCAAGCUGCUGCCCUGCCUGCACUCGGUGUGCCAGCGCUGCCUGCCGCAGCCCGAGCGGUACCUCAUGCUGCCCCCCGUCCUGGCGCCCGCGGCCACCGCCGCCCCCAAGGAGCCGUUGCCGGCGGUGCCCCCUUCCUCACCCGUCCCUCCUCCGGCCUCCCCCCUGCACUGCACGCCCGUCGGUGUUAUCCGCUGUCCAAUUUGUGGUCAGGAAUGUGCAGAGAGACACAUCAUAGAUAACUUUUUUGUGAAGGAUACCACAGAGGUUCCCAGUAGCACAGUAGAGAAAUCAAAUCAGGUCUGCACAAGCUGUGAAGACAAUGCAGAAGCUCAUGGUUUUUGUGUGGAAUGUGUAGAAUGGUUGUGCAAGACCUGCAUCAGAGCUCACCAGAGGGUUAAAUUUACAAAGGAUCAUACUGUGAGGCAGAAAGAGGAAGUAUCUCCAGAGGCAGUUGGUGUGACCAGUCAGCGACCAGUGUUUUGCCCUUAUCACAAAAAGGAGCAGCUGAAGUUGUAUUGUGAAACCUGUGACAAGUUGACCUGCCGAGACUGUCAGUUACUAGAGCACAAAGAGCACAGGUACCAGUUUAUAGAAGAAGCCUUUCAGAACCAGAAAGUGAUAAUUGAGACACUAAUCACCAAAUUGAUGGAGAAGACUAAAUACAUAAAAUAUACAGGGAAACAGAUCCAAAACAGAAUUCUUGAAGUGAAUCAGAAUCAAAAGCAGGUGGAACAGGAUAUUAAAGUCGCCAUAUUUACACUGAUGGUAGAAAUAAACAAAAAGGGAAAAGCUCUGCUACAUCAAUUGGAGACUCUGGCAAAAGAGCAUCAGAUGAAACUUCUGCAGCAACAACAGGAAGUGGCGGGUCUCUCUAAACAGCUGGAACAUGUCAUGAAUUUUUCCAAAUGGGCAGUUUCCAGUGGGAGCAGCACAGCACUCUUGUACAGCAAACGCUUGAUUACAUAUCGUCUACGGUAUCUUCUCCGAGCAAGGUGUGAUCCUUCACCAGUCACUAACAAUACCAUCCAGUUUCACUGUGAUCCAAGCUUCUGGGCUCAAAAUAUUUUCAAUCUAGGUUCUUUGGUAAUUGAAGAUAAAGAAACCCCACCACAUGUGCCCAAGAGCCCUGUGAUGGAACCAAACUUGCAGCCACCAGGCAGCUUACCUUCAAACCAGCUAUCCAAGUUCCCAACACAGAUAAGCUUAGCUCAGCUCCGACUCCAGCACAUGCAGCAGCAGGUCAUGGCUCAGAGACAGCAAGCUCAACGCAGAGCAGGUCCAGUAGUUUUACCAAAUCCAAGAAUGCCAGGAGCCAUGCAGCAACCUCCUGCUUCUCAUCAGGCACCUCCGCGCUUGAUUCAUUAUCAGAAUCAAAGCCCCAAGCCCAAUGGUUCAGUUCCUCCUGCACAACAGAUGAGAUUUCCCCCAAAUCAGAACGUACCAAGGCAAGCAGUAAAGCCCAGCCCAUUGCAAAUGGCAUUCUUGGCACAGCAAGCUAUAAAACAGUGGCAGAUCAGUAGUGGACAAACUUCAACAGCCCUUACAACUGCAAGCAGCACAACAUCGACUCCAUCAAGCCCUACAGUCACCAGUGCUGUUGGAUGUGAUGGGAAGACAUACGGUCCCCCUGUGAUAGAUUUGAGUUCCCCAGUGGGUAGCUCCUAUAAUCUACCAUCUCUCCCUGAUAUUGAUUGUUCAGGAAACAUCACACUGGACAAUGCUGUAAGGAAGGAUGGCACUGCAGAGCAGAAUCAGCCAAAACCCCCUUCAAACAGGACUGUGCAGUCACCAAAUUCCUCGGUGCCAUCACCAGGCCUCUCAGGAGGAAUCAGUGUGACAAACGUACACCCUCCAGUUCGUUCACCCAGCGCCUCCAGUGUUGGGAGCAGAGAGAGUUCUGGCUCCUCCAGCAGGCCACCAGGAGCUGAUUCGACACACAAAGUCCCAGUUGUUAUGUUGGAGCCCAUUAGAAUUAAACAGGAGUCAAAUGCAACAAAUGAGAACUUUGAUUUCCCAAUUGUUGUAGUGAAGCAAGAAACCGAUGAGGAACCCCGACCUCGGAAUUCCAUACUUACCUCAUUGCUGUUGGAUGGCAAUCAUAAUUCCACUUCUGAUGAAGCUGUCUUAAGAACAGAUGCACCAGACAGCACAGAUGAUCAGCCAGGGGUCCUGCAGGAGAACACAUUCAGUGGGAAAACGGGAUGGGUAGGACCCUCCCAUGUUGGGGAGGGCAGAAAAGAGGAUGAUCCAAAUGAAGACUGGUGUGCUGUAUGUCAAAAUGGAGGGGAGCUCCUUUGCUGUGAGAAGUGUCCCAAAGUAUUCCAUCUUUCCUGUCAUGUUCCUUCAUUGAUGAGCUUUCCAAGUGGGGAGUGGAUUUGUACAUUCUGUCGGGAUUUGUCCAAGCCAGAAGUUGAAUAUGACUGUGACAAACCUACUCACAGCUCUGAAAAAAGAAAACUGGAAGAUACUGUGGGUUUGGCGCCAAUAGACCGUAGGAAGUGUGAAAGACUGCUGCUGUAUCUCUACUGCCAUGAAAUGAGUCUUGCCUUUCAAGAUCCAGUUCCUCCUACAGUUCCUGAUUACUACAAAAUAAUCAAAAAGCCUAUGGACUUGUCAACCAUCAAGAGAAGACUUGAAGUGACCAAUUCAUUCUACACAAAACCAGAAGAUUUUGUGGCUGAUUUCAGACUGAUUUUCCAAAACUGCGCUGAAUUUAAUGAGCCUGAUUCAGAAGUGGCCGACGCUGGCAUGAAACUCGAAGCGUACUUUGAAGAACUUCUAAGGAACCUUUAUCCUGAGAGAAAGUUCCCCAUACAACCUAAUGUCCAGAGUGAAAAAGAUAAUACAGAACUCACUGAUGACUCAGAUGAUGACUUUGUACAACCCCGGAAAAAACGCCUCAAAGGAGAAGACCGUCAGUUGCUUAAAUGAGCCACAUGUGUUACUACGAAAAGUUUUUUAAAAACUGAGAAUAUUUAUCACUGUUACCACUGUUUUGACUUGUAGGUUUGUGAAUAUUUACCAGACUUUCUACCCCUUGUCUGAAAAAAACAGAAAUCUGUGGAGAUCAAGGCAUGUGAAGAGCUUCUCUGAAGUUCAAAACUUUCAUCUCUUUUCUGGAGCAGCGCAGAAAUUGCCAUUUGUGUGGGGUGACAGCUGCUUAACUUUGCUUUGAGGAAGAAGUUUGUAUAGAAUUGAACUUCAAAACAUCACAUGGGUUCAACAUGUGGCUUUCUGAGUUUGAAGAAAAUGUGGUCUCACCGGACUUUUAAUUUUACCAAAGGCAUGUGGCUGGCCAUAAUUUGUUCUCUUUGUACUGUAUUUAACACAAGCCAUGAAAAAAGAUGGUGUAAUGUUAUUGUCCUGCACUACUGAUUGGUACAGUGAAAGUGUAGUUGCCCCCAAAGAACUUACUUAUUGGGAAUUUUAAAAUGUAAGGGGGGGGGUGUAUUAAAAAUAACUUCUGAAAAAAGGAAGAAAAGGAACUUGUUUGAGAGUUUUUAAUGGAGAAAGUAAAGGACAGAAUACUUUGGUUUGCGCCAUUUUUCUCACCACCAGCAGGAAACAAUGGUAUUGCUGUACUGUUUUGUUUAAUGAGUGUCUCAAGUGUGAUGUACCUCUGUUUAGUGAAGUUGAUGGGAAAGUUUGCAACUCUCAAUCAGUCUUUCUGUAUGUUUAAAGAGGGGGAAAAAAAAUCACCCUUUCUGUCCACAAGUUCUUGUUCUUUUUCCAAAUUUAUAAGUAUGUUGUUGUCAUAAUGCAACCAUUGUUGUAAGCAGUGUAAGUACGCAUUGUUACUUAUUUGGGAGUACACAAGUUUGAAGAGAAAGAUACUGCUCUUCAUCCCUUUAUCUGUCCGUGUUAAAAUCACUAGAAGAUGAGUAUGACUUACCUUGUUUUGUUCGAUCUACUUCCCAGAAGCUCUGACGACGUAGAUGGUUGGUUUUGCCCUCAGAGAUUGCAGAGUUAGAGAAGUCCUUGUGUAUGGUUGCCCCAGCUAUUGGCUUAUAAUCUUCAUUUAUGUAAUCUUAAAUGAAAACAGAGUGUUCAGGAGAGCAGACAGUCUUUUGGAUUAGUUGAGCUCUGAUUGUGCCAGAAUUUUUCAGCGGGAAUUGUGAAGACAGCUGAGUGUACACAAGCCUGCUUUUGACUUGCUGUGUAGCCCUGAUGUGAUGCUGUGGAUACAUCACUGAAGAGACUGGAUACAAGUGCUGUUUGUGCCUCCCUGCUGUGUACACAUUCACUCAGAAAAAGGCCCUGGUUUUGCCUCUCACCAGAUAAGAUGCUGCGCACCUGCCUUUGUCAGAGGGUGGCACUGUACACUAAAAUGUAGCAGACACUCCCAAAGAUGACUCAGUUGUGUUUUCAGCAGGUGGAUUUUUGAUCACGUCGUGGAUUUCUAUGCUGCCCUUUUUUUCUUUCGUGUUUUCUGUUAGUUCGUUUGUGUGUUUUGUUUUCGUGGGGGUUUUAUUAUCAUUAUUGUUAUUGCUUUUGGGGAAAUUUUUUUAUUACCUCAAGAGAAUUUCAUGUAAAUUCUACUAUCCUAGAGUACCAGAAAAAAAAAUAAAGAGAGGUUAAGGAGCCCAACAAGAUAGUGAGGGAGACCAUUCUAGCUAAACAAGCGUUAUCAGUGCACACCACAGUAGCACAGACUGAAAAAAUAAAGAGGCACUGCCAUGGCAGUAUUCAAAAUCUUAGAGAUCUAGCAAAGCCUACAAGUCCUAGAUACCCUGGCACCAAGUUUAACAGUGUUGCCAGAGGAAGGUGCUGUGUGUUUCUCUGGACCAUAAGUUGCAAGCACAGAUUCAUUAGGAGGCUUCGUGCAUUUAGAGGUGAAGUUGGACACCUAUUCUGCUCCACUCUCAAGUUGUUGUCCCAGUGGAAAACACUGGGGAGAGGAGAGUACAUGUGCUCCUAUAGUUCUAGUUACUGCUUGAAAAUGUCUCUCUUUAAAUAAUUCACUGGAAAAAAUAUGAGUUUUUAUCACCUUUUAUUUUGGGGUCUUGGACAUCACCCUAACAAUCCUCAGAAAUUGUCACUGCAGUGAGGUUCAAGAUAGAUGUAAAAUUUUUUGUUACUUCAUGUAGAUGGUAUAUGCACAGAGUUGAGGAAAGUAUUAUAUUCUUUCAAGCUGCUAUGGUGAAGACCAUAUCUUCUUUGUGUAUUUCCCCCCCCCCUUUACCUCAGUUCACUGAACGGGUUUCCUAUUUUAUUUUAAAUUAUUUUGUGUGUUCAGUGUCACUACUGACAGGAGUAAGGACUCAUCAUCUCACUUCAUGGGAAGGGUAGAAAGCAUCUAUUUAUUGAAUCAUAAGAAAAGGAACAUCUUUGAGAAAUUUGCCAUUUUUCUAUAAAAAUCAUAACUUUCACACUGUUCAGUUGCAAUUUUUUUAUAAUGGAAAUGGUAUGGAGAAGCAAUCAACAUCAAAUGCAGCUCACAGGAAAUGACAGAUUCCAAAGGUUUAUUUUUCUUUCCUACCCAGUCCAACAUCAAACACUCGUUUUCAUUUUACUUGCUAAAAAGGGAAAAGAAAAAAGUACAUAAAAUUAAUAAAAUACAUAUGAAAACCAACAGAAAUGGAUACACUGGAAAAUAAUAUGCAUUUGGAUUUGUCCAAAAGGUCUCGCUUCUGCCAGACAAUUCCCUGACUCCUUUAAGAGUGGACUGAUACUGUCCUAAUAAACCAAAAUGAGCAGAUCUGCUUUUUAAAUGUCAGUGUCUAAAUUUCACAAAAAGUUAUUUACAUAGAUUUUAUGUAGUUGAUUCGUUUUGACCUAGUUUUAAGGAACGCAUCUAUUGCCUGGAGCCUUAGCACUAAAUAUUACCAUGUUAGAAGAGCUUUUACAUCAUGUAUUUAAACUCCUGUGUGGAUUGGAUGACUAUACUGUGUGAGGCCCUUGGACAACAUGUUCAACAGUCCUGAUUCAUCAAUCCCUGAAUGGCUACGCAACAGAAAUGUGACCUCUUAAAUGACCAUGAGAUAAGAGUCUUAAGUUGAAUUUAAGAUCUAAAGGGUGCUUCUCUGCCUAUACAAGUAGUUCUACAGAUUGUUAUUUUCCCAUUCUUUUGACUUGUGCCAUGUAAAGGCCAGCAGCUGGAGUUUAUAAUUUAUUUGUAACAAGGAAGAUAAUAAAUUCAUUGAGUUAAUGCCCCAGGAAAAGAGAGAUCCCAUUAAGGAACCAUUACACUUGUAUUUUUCUCAACUGCUGUUAACCAAAGUUAUUCCAGCUGUAGCUGAAUCAAAGCUUUUCUUUUAUGUUUAAAGUGGUUUUAAUGAAGUGUUUUCCUUAGUAAUUAUUGUAAAUCUGACCUUAUGAAGGCCUAAGUGGCUCUUUGGCCUCUUUGCAUGGGUUUGAAUUUCACCCAGAAGAGAAGAAUAGGUUGGUUUGUCCAUUUCCUUAUGUAA